AUGUGGAGCAGAAUCGGAGCCUGGCUCGGGUUCUGCGUGUCUGCAUGUCAGGCGGCAGACAGCUUCGGCGAGCAGUUGAAGGGCGAGGAUGUAAGUCUGCAUCAUGACACAGCCUGCAAGUCUCUACAAGGAGUAGAUGCAGGCACUAUGCUGAUGCGUGCUCGCGCCUACUACCGCACGGGUUUGUUUGAGCUGGCGGAAGCAGACCGUAUCGCCUAUGUCUUGGCGGACUUGGAUAGUAUCUCUAAAGUGUGUCCGGCCGUGGCGCUGCAGGCGCUGCUCCUGAAACUCGAAGACAAUAUCGUCGUCCAACCUGGUGCUUUCGAGGCUCUGAUGUCGCGCUAUACCACGAUUCUGCACCAGGCCAUUCGGGACCAGACAAUCGCCCCUCAGGACAUGAACACUUGGCCCCUCGACUAUGGCGCAGAGCGGGUCCUGAACAUAAGCCGAGCCCUUGCCAUUCCACGACGCUUGACGGCUGCCGUCGUCAUGAACUACUGCCAGGUGGUGGACCGCUGGGGCACCAGCCAGCUUCUGACUUGGUUGGUCGAGCCUCCUUUCGGUGAGCCGAUCGAGGGCGUCGCAGAGUCUGGUUUGCUGAAAAAUGCCGAGCUCUUCAUCUACCAGGUAGACUGGCCCUGGUGUCAGCCUCUUGCGGAAGAGGUCCUGGAUCGAUUGCGUGUGUCCGUGAAGGAACUCCAUGUGGUGACAUACCGUGGUGGACCACGGCGGGAGGAGCAGACGGCCUACUUCAAGUUCAUAUUGGACCACUGGGACGACCUGCCUGAUUUCACCAUCUUCGUUCAUCCCGACGCUGAUGAGCACCAGGGUCAGAGGUUUUUAGCCCUGACACGUGCACUGAAGCUGAUCAACACGCAGUCGCAGUUCGCGAGUGACGCUCUCGGGUAUUAUCCCCUUGCGCAGCAGAUGGUCGUUGACCCCAGGAGGACAUGGGGCCAUCGGGGCACAGACACCUUUGCAUCGACGUGGCGAAGGUUUUGGCGUCGGGUCUUCGGAUAUGCUUGGGAGGAUUUGGGGUUCGAGGAGCCGCGGUGCAUGUGGGAGAAGCACGUGGGGAAGUUUUUGCCCAAACAUGCCGACGGCAUCUCUCGAAGGCACUCCGUUCCGGAUGCCAAGCUGGUUUGCCUUCGCCUUGGGAACGCCUGCCGUGGAGUCACCUGCGGCACGUCCGUGGAUGCUUCCGAAUUGGAGGGUCCUGGUCAGGAGAAGUUUGGGCAGGCAUCCUGCACUGUUCGGGAAGGUUCGGAGGGGCUCUCGGCCUCCCCAGAAGCGGGUGAGUUCAGCUACGUGAAGACAUGCAGAGGCAAGCCUUCUGAUGCCGGGCAGGAGGAAGCCGUGGCUAAGUCGACGUACCAGGCAGCGCAAGGCAGCUUCCUCUUGGGUUUCGCUGCAGAGGACUCGGUGACAAGAGGCGAAGCAGAAGCUCGGAGGCGAUGUGAUGAGCUGGGUGAUCUCUGUACCGGCUUCACGUGUGAGAAGAGCAUCCAGGUGACCCCAGAGAUGACGAAGAAGGACUACCAAGAAGCUCAGAAUGCCCAGUCGUGCACAGUCAGAGCCGGCUCUUCGAGCUCCGAGCUUUUCGAGAGUCCUACGGAGGAGCUCACCUUCGUCAAAGUCAGUCCCAGUCCCAAGCUACAGGAGGCCGUCCUUCGCAAGACCACCAAACCAGAUGCGAAUCUUCUCUUCCAGUUCUACACGGGCUCCCAGUCCGUGGUUCGGAAGGACCGCCUGAGAUGGUGGCCGCGCGAGGAGAUCGAGGCCUUCGCUGCGGACGGCGUGUGGUGUUCGGACACGACCGGCUUGGUCGAGGCAGUCUGGCACCGGCUCUUCGGGGAGCCUCUCUCCCAACACUCUCGGCAAGAGGAUCCAGCAUUGCCUCUUUUUUUGAAGUGGGGCAUUCCUACUUUCUUCUCCUACGGUGACGAGGGA